AUGAGUUGACUCGCGAACAUUCUCACAGAGAAAACAGAAGAGAAGUCGAAUUCUUCGCGUUACGGCUGCGACUGUAAACGUGAGAAAACAUAUUAAUCUCACGUUUUUGAUGGUGCAGUAGACGUUACAGUGUGGUUUUAUACGCUUUUCGUAUUGACGGUUGUAAAAAAUGGAGCACCUCGAAAUAUCGAGUUUGCUUCGUUUCAUCUGACGUGUUUCCCUCCGGAAAUAUUUCGACGUACGGAUCGUGAUAGGCGUGUACGAAUGAGAUCCCGAACUUGGAUAAAUAAUCGAAUUGACGAAUAGAAUUAAAUAGAAACUAAGUCGAAGCUGCGAGGAGGUCGAUGCUGACCCAGACAGUGAUCGGAAUCAAGGUCGACAAAGAAAAAAAUGCCGCCGGUGAAAAAUGAAUCGGCGAUCUUGGGCUCCGGCCCUAGCGAAGCGAGCUUAAUUAAUAAUAUGUUAAAUCUAACGACGACAACAAGCCCCGAAGAGGAGGGAAAGACUGAUGCAGGAGACAUGGAAUCUGUCACCACUGUCACCUCAAACUCCAUCGAAGUGACACUAAAGAAAUACGGCGAAGAAAUAUCGGACAAAACGAAAAUUCCACCAUGGGCUCUGGUCGCCAUUUUGAUAGCGGUGGGUGUAGUGGUACUCGGAUUUUGCUUCUGGUGCAUAAGAAGAUGCUGUCGCAAGCGUCGCGGCAAAGACGGCAAGAAAGGGAAAGGUGUUGUCGAUUUGAAGGGUGUACAGCUACUCGGUGGCACGUACAAAGACAAGGUGCAGCCGGACAUGGAGGAACUUACGGACAACGCUGAAGAGCCGGACGAGGCUGAGAGCAAACAGAGCGAGGUCAAGCUCGGAAGGAUUCAGUACAAGCUCGAGUACGACUUCAACUCGAACAGUCUCGCUGUGACGGUGAUCAAGGCAGAGGAACUUCCGGCUCUCGAUAUGGGUGGCACUUCGGAUCCUUACGUCAAGGUUUAUCUGUUGCCUGACAAGAAGAAGAAGUUCGAGACUAAAGUACACAGGAAGACCUUGAACCCUGAGUUCAACGAGACUUUCACGUUUAAGGGUGUUCCGUAUGCCGACGCAAUGAACAAAACUCUCGUCUUUGCGAUCUUCGAUUUCGACAGAUUCUCCAAACACGAUCAAAUCGGCGAGGUCAAAGUCCCACUCUGCCAAAUCGAUUUGGCUCAAACGAUCGAAGAAUGGCGAGAGCUCCAGAGUGUCGAGGGCGAGGGCGGUCAAGAUAACAAACUGGGCGACAUCUGUUUCUCGCUCCGUUACGUACCAACGGCAGGAAAGUUGACAGUGGUGAUCCUGGAGGCGAAGAAUUUGAAGAAAAUGGACGUCGGUGGUCUUUCAGAUCCUUACGUGAAGAUCGCGCUGAUGCAGAAUGGCAAACGGUUGAAGAAGAAGAAAACUUCGAUCAAGAAGUGCACCCUCAAUCCUUACUACAACGAAUCAUUCUCUUUCGAGGUGCCCUUCGAACAGAUACAGAAAGUAAACCUGAUGGUGACGGUGGUCGAUUACGAUCGCAUUGGUACAUCGGAACCCAUUGGCAAAGUUGUGCUUGGUUACAACGCGAGUGGCACCGAACUCAGACAUUGGUCGGACAUGCUGGCAUCGCCGCGACGCCCGAUCGCCCAAUGGCACACGCUCAAGGAUCCGGAGGACGGUGACAAGAAGGACUAAGGCGAGUGAACCCAAGAAUUAUAGGGAAAAGGAGUAAUGAAACACUGAGAAAGAGAAAGAAAAGGGACGAGAGGGAGGGAGAGAGGAUAGAGAAAAAUGAAACACCGAAAAAGAGGAAGAGUCGUGGAGAGAAAAAAAGAGAGAUAAAGAAAAUGAAAAAGGCUAAAAAAAAACAAGAGAAAAUACUUAGUAGAUAUUAAUAAUUUAUCGAUCAACUAAUUAAUGAUAACGAAGAAAAGAAGGAGGGAAAGAUAAGCAAGAAUACCGCCGUGAUGAAAAAAAAAAAGAUGGCAUUAAUAAUUAUGUUCUGAUGGAGUAUAGUGUCUUGUAUAUAUACACAUAUAUAUACAUAUAUAUAAUACAUAUGUAUAUGUAUAUAUAUAUAUAUCUAACAUAAAAUCUUUGUGUAGAUGUAAAAGAUAUGGAUGACAUUACGAGUCGAUGAGUCCUUGAUUCGAAGACGCGUAAUCGACACGCGAGAGGCAUUUUUCUUCAUAACGAACAAAAGAAAUUCAUUUAAAGCCCGAAAAAGCAAUUGUUUCUCCCCUCCCCGUCCGCCCUUUUCCCUCCAGUUGUGUGAAAUUGUUAUUUUUGUCCAACAUUUCCACCUGACCACUUUGGAGAAAAGAAAUCAUUGGAAUAUUGAUUUCGCGUGGUUCUUUGACAGUGCGAUCUUCGUUAUUCAGAUGAGGGAUGAAUCAUUUUCGAAAGAGAAAAGUUUCGAGGCGCUGUUUGAACAAAGCCAUGAGUUUUACGAGAACGAAUGAAUCUUGAAUCCGCUUUCAUCCGAGCUUUUUUCAUCUCUCAUCUUUAUGCUUUUUCGCACUAGUUGCAGACAAAAAAUGAACACGUGGACACACGCACAUAUACAUAUAUGGAUAUGUACUUGUGGAGAUGAAAGCGUUGCGUAUUUCAAAGUUCAUAUUCGCAUAUGUAUAUUCGCGCUCUUGUUCACGAUAUCCACGUGUGUUACAAUAAAACAAAUCUAGAUUACGUAGAAACAAAGAUUGGCAAAGACCUUCGAGUUAGCUCCCGCGCUUUAUUUCUCUCGGUAUGAAAACGAAAAUCUUAAAGAAAAAAACAAACAACAGCGACAACACCUGCAAAGUGUGCUCGCUAGAAUUUCAUCAAAUGCAACACCAUGACGAUAAUUAUGAUUCGGUGCGUUGGCGAAACAAAAAGAAAUAUAAUACAUUUCAGGCAGUACGACGACAACAAACAAAACCGUCGGACUCUCAUUAUGCUUUGAAAAAUACAAAAACCAAACGAAAAUAAAUGUAUCCGUAUACACACGUGUGUAUACGAAUAUAUUGAAUUCCCAAUAUACGCAUAUAUACAUAUAUAUUGAUUGAAUGGAUGGAGAAUAAAUAUAGAGGAAAAAGUUAAACUAUAAAUACGAAUAUGUAUAUGUAUAUAUCCAUAUAUAGGUCGGAAAUCGCGUACAUAGAUUCAUAUAUACAUAGAUAUUAUAUAUAUAUAUAUAUAUAUAUUAUAACACGUAUUCGUAUUUAUCGAGGAUUCAAGAGAGAUGGUGAGAAAAAGAACAAGAAGAAGAAGAAGAAGAAAAAAACAAAUAAUUAUACGACAGGCAUUAUCAAUAAUUAUUGUUACUUACCAUGGAAUUUUCUGCGGUUCCCUUUUCUAAAAAAAAGCAAACAAAUAAGAGUGAAUAAAAAAACUAGGAAACGAAGGAACACAAAACGGGCCUAUCCCUUCUGAAUGUAUGUGUGCUAUUGCUGAACCAAAAAAGGAAAGAAAAAAAAAAAAAAAAAAAAAAUAUGAAAAAUGUCGACUGAAUAUAUAUCAGGGGCUGAGGAAAAAACAGAAUUUUCGUCGUCUCGAAAGGAACUCAGUCGUGGCACGAAUUCUACGAGUAUACAAGAAAGAAUAGUUAUAAUAAUAUUGUGUACAUACGAGCGCGCAUAUGUUUAAUAAUGCAAAUGCUUAAUGUUUUCGUGAGUCGAAUACAGUAGAGGGAAGAAUAACGUUAAUUAAUUAUUCGAGCGAUUCGAGUUAUUGAAUCCAAUUUCAUUUCGUUUCUUUUUUCGUCUCAAUGACACUCCAUCAUCUUUUGAGAAAUCUAAUAUUUUUUGUUUCCUCUUUCAGUCUCACCCGUUUACAAGUCUCUUUGACCGUUUGUUGAACAGUAGCUACGAGUUUGUAAAUAAUUGCCGAGCAAUGGAUUUUAUUCGGAGGAUCAAUCCUUAUGCGCGUUAUAACUUGAAGGAAAAAGAAAAAAAAAAAAAAAAAAAAAACAUUUAACGUUACAAUCUCGUCGACCGGACUGGCCUCGAGAAAUACCAACAAAUCCACGUACGAACCAUAUGAUAAAAUCGGCCUUUUUUUACGAGCAUAUUCGUAUCAUUUAAAAGAAAAACAAACAAGCACGUAACGAAGAAUACAAGAAAAAAAAAAGCAGUAUUUUAGUGGUAGGUAAAUUGAAUCCGGAAUGGAAUAAUAACGCGUAUUUUACAUCUCGCUUUUGUCCGAAAAAUCUCGCGCGUCUCUCGUAUACUUUUCGUCGGAUAAACAAAUGUAUGCGGGAUGAAAAACAAACUUUUAUUCACCACUAAUUCCAUUUUUAGAGGUCGAAAAUGCUCUCUCAUAAAAGUGGGUUAUUUGUGAAGGAAAAUUUCGUGUUUACGGAAAUGUACAUGGUUUUUCAGAUUGUAUAAGUGUCGUUGAACGUUUUUUCAAACGUUAUGCACGUUCGACUCAUCGCGUUCGAUCUCUCGAUCGGUGAUAUACACGUUAUUUAUUAUAUCCUCUGAUAUUAAUGUUGUUACGACCUUUGAGUCCGUGAUAUCAAUCGUUCGUCAGAUAUUCGAAUCCCUCGUUACUAUAGUGCAUAUUAUUCGGAAUAAAAAAUGAAAUAAAGUGUAUGUGAAACGCCAAUAAACGCCGAAUAUUAGUGUCCUCGAUCAGGCUACUCGCCGACAAACAUUUCAAACAAUCACGCUCCGAUGUCACUCGAACUCGAAGCAUUCGACGAACGGGUGAGUGCACCACUCCAAAUCGCUUAACAACUUCAAUCUUUUCUGUUCUCUCAUCCAAAUCGUCUUCUUACUCCCAUCGAACAUUUCCGAGCCGCCAAUUCGAAUCAUGACAGUUUCUCGUUUUUCUCCGCUACGUUUAAUGUCAGAUCAACAACAAUUUUAAAUAGUAAAAAUGAAACGAAAUGACUAUUGUAACAAUGCAAAAAUAAUUAUCGUGGAGGAUCGGUCAGUUUUUGACCAACGAGCAAAUGUAUGGAUCAAACCUUGAUAUUAUUUUCAUCUCUUAAAUCCUCUUCGAAUAUAUUUUUAUUCGUGCAUAAAAGUGCCAUUUUUCACCUCUUCGAACACUCAUUUUAUUGCUUUAAUGACAGAAUUGUCGAAUUUCGUUACAUUGCAGCAGCGCUUCCCUCGCUCAGAAAUUCAUUACCAACGUAAAAUUUACGUUCCUUUUGCACGAAAUGACAGAAGAAUUUGUUUACGAUACCUCUAGCAGAGACUAAAGGAUCCUCCCCAUAAAUUUUUAUCAUUACGAGACGUAAAGUACUGUUAUUAUUAUUGUCAUUAUUAUUAUCAUUAUUAUUAUUAUUAUUAUUAUUAUUAUUAUUAUUAUUAUUGUUGUUGUUGUUGUUGUUAUUAUUAUUGUGGUUAUUAUUUCGGUUCUAUCGGUUUCGUCAGGACCAAUUAUAUCGUAAAAAGCAGAUUAUGAGUAGCAUGUUGAAUUCAUGUUAUAUGCGGCAUUGUACUUGAUAAGUGAAAGAGCGAAAAAAAGAGAGAUUAUUGAUUGAAUUGUUAUAUAGUGUUGCGCACGGGCAAUGACAUCGAUCGUAGGUUGAAAUGGGUGCGCGACCAUUUUAGUAUUGCCGUUUAAUCGAUUCCAUGAUAACGCACUCGCUACAUAGCUCAGUAAUUAAUAACUGACACAAAAACCCCUAGAUUUCUUUGUACUUUGAUUUUCCUAUCAUUGAAUCGCACCGUCACUAAUAAAAUUUGAAAUUCCUUCAUGAGUGGACCUCUCUAAGAGGAUCGUCCAGCUAAAAAAGUACCUAAAACGAUUUAUGAGAAAAAAUCUCGUAAUUCCAUGUUAUUCGUGUAAAUAAACAUAUUUAACUAUCGGGUACGUAGUGACAGAGGAAGAAGAUUUAAAAAGUAGAAUGAAACGUAUGAAAAAAUGAAAAUAAAUAAUGUGAAAGACGACGAGAGAAAAGAAAAAAGGGGGAAAAAAAAAGAGAGAAUGAAAAUGGAAUUAAAAUGAUUAUGGAUUGCACGUAUCUGCACGCAACGUACCUACACACGAGAUAAAUAUACAUAGUGCCUUUUAUUAUUUUCAUCAUUCUUUCAAUAAUCGCGCGCCGCAAUUGACAUCCUCAUCGAUCGAAGCCACGGCCCUUUAAUAUCGAAUAAAAGUCUCUAUUAUUGAUGAAGCAGCAAAAUUGAGGAAAAACUAAAAGUUAACGACAAAAUAAUAUAACGUACACCGAGAUUUAUUGAUAUCGCCCAAUUAACCGAUACCAUUGCGAUUACCAUUAGUUCACACACGUAUCAAAAGUACAGAUUCAAUUACGUCGAGUUACGAAUUUCGAUCGAGUUUCUCGAACGAUAUUUGCGGAGAUGAAAUCUCGAAUGGAAAAUCAUUCGAAAUAUUUAUCGAUAUUUAUUUUUCAUUACGUUCUAUCGAAUAAGGGAUAUUCACUCGAUGCGUUGAAGGAUUAAGUUGGGGUCGCUUGAAUUUUCCUUUUUUUCCCUCAGCAUUUCAACCCCGAUCUCAAAAGGCAUUGAUAAAGUUCUCAUUUUCUUAAAAUAAAACUUUUUCAUGAUUUCUCAUUCGAAUCUUUCAUUCCCUGAUGCCAAAAGCUUCGAUCGAACUUCAUUUAAUUUUGACACUCGACAUAAUUAAUUUUGUACAAACAUAUAUCUAUAUAUGAGAGAAGAAAAAAAGAAACAAAAAAUAUAUAUAUAUAUAUAUAUAUAUAAAUAUGAACAUUGAUAUAAUUAUGAAUAAUGACAAAUUAGCGUUGUUAUUAUUACCAUCGUCAUGAUUAAUCAUUCUCACGAACAAUUUAGGCACAGGGCGUUGCAUCGUGUCGUUGAUCGACGGGACGAAGACCGAGAAAACAAAAAUAAAACGAAUAAACUAUUCGUAGGGAUUUAGGACAUAUGUAGCGAGGAUAAAUUUUGAUUAUUUCGGACCGAAACAUUUUUUUCAACGUAUGCGAGUGGAAAUGAAGUUUUGUUUCGUAGACGCAAUGUGAAAAGGUGUUUAAAGCUUCGCUUCAUGAAUAUAUUACAAUGACGAUGAUGAUGAUGAUGAUGAUUUAUUUGGACUUUCUUUUGUCGUAGCCGUAAUGACGUAGUGGACGAAAAUUGGAGUAGAAUGUGUGUCGAGCCGAGAGCUUUCCUGGGAUUCUGGUGUCGGAGCAUUUUCGUGACUUUCGAUGUGAAUUUUGUUGGUUUUCGGAAAUCGAUACUCUCGAGCAUCGCGAGAACAAUCCGUGAGAACGAAAAACUAAUAGAAAAAGUUAUCGAAAUAACUUCCACAAAAUCAUAGACACGCUCGCUCACCAUCACAAACCACGUGCCUAAAAACCUCGAUGCCUGUGCUAUCUCGAAAAGGAUAAACCUCUCGUAAAGCACGUACUUCCAUCAAACUGUCAGCUUUAUCGUCAGUUUAUUCAUUUGUCCAAUUUUCUCCUCUAUUAUUCGAAUUAUGCUUAAUGAAUUAUUGUCUAAUCUUCAAAUAAAAAUUCGUAAAUCGUUGCUAGAAAAUAAAGUGAUUCGUGGUAACUUAAUUAAGGGAGGAUCAAAGUGACGAAAAGCACCUAUUUAAUGUUUGCACAUGUAAGGCACAAUUAGUGGAUUUAGCCAAAUCGCGAGGCACUCGUAAGACAAGAAAACAAAUGUCACUGAUACUAGUACGCAUUUAUAAAUAAUUAAAUAAAUAGAAAGCUCGAUGAAAGAAGAAAAUGUAAUCGUAUUGAAAAUCACAAUCUAUAUCAGUGCCUUACUUUAUUCUCUAGCAACAAUAAUCUCGCAUAUUUUCAUCCUUCGAUUCAUUCAACAGAAAAUAAUAAUAUAAAUAAACCUACUCGUAAUUGAAUUUCACUCAUCGGUCAUUCGACUUUUUAUUCGAAAUAUAUUUUAUAUUUUCUCGCUUGAAAAUAAAUGAAGAGAGGUGUCUUCGGAGAUCUCCUCAUUUUUACAGAAUCGAAUUGAACCUCGGCCACGAAUAUCGCGAGAGUGCUCCGUCACCGACGACAAAAUAAAAUUGAAAAGAACAAACAAAAGACUUGACCACCGUGGAAACAAAAUAAUUGAACGAUAUAAGCACGCACUAAAUAUGAACGAAUUGUUUAAGAGGAAAACGUAGUUCUCGACUAUUCCAUUGAUCUUGCGAUACUGAGCCAUCGUCAUCUCCCGAAAUGAUUCAUCUCUCCUCGUUACCCACGAGCAUAUCGUGGCACACGAAUCAUGUAAAUAAUAAAAGAAAAACAAACGAACGAGCGGGAAGAGAAUUUGUAAAAAAUUUCAUUUUACGUCCUAAUACAAAACGGUAUUAUAUCCUUAGCACGUAAUUAUAGAAAGUGAGCGAUAAAUCGAGAGGGAACAAAAUGUCUCGAUUGAUAAUAAAAAAAUAUAUCAAGCAGAUAAAACGAAUUCCUAGUGAAAGCUAACAGAUAAAAUCGAUGAACCAGCAAACGUUACAAAUUCGAGACGUCCUUUGAUCUCAAUUCCAUUCGAGAUGAAAUUUUCAUCACUUGCAACUUUAUGAAUUUACGUUCAUUUCGUUUUUUCUUGAAUAGCAUUUGUCACGAGAGGAUAAUAAUAAUAAAUAAUACUAAUAUUAACAAUAAUAUUAUUAAUAAAAAUAAUGUAUCCUGGACGAUAGAACGUACGUUAAAUAUUGUAAAGAAGAGAAGCGAAGGAAAAUGCAGCAAAAACGGAUCGAGCGUUUGUUCCCGAAUGGAUUAAUUGCCUGAUAAAACCAACAGGCAAGAAAAUCAAAAACAUGGAAACGCCCAAGAAACAAAGGGAAAAUCGGGCUCGCUGAUAUUUUCGCAUACUCGGACAAAUCGCUGAGGAUUCACUAGAAAGAUAUUUAGGACUCUCGACGACUUCGAUCAUAACGAAGAGGAGAACGUGGUAGAUAACAAGAAAGAUGAAGCCUCCAGUCCCAUGCACCAUCCUACUCCCAAGAUACAAUACGACGUGUGAAUUACCCGAGAUUAAAGAAUCAGGAGGAUUUUUCCCCGCCCAUUGCCCUCACAUGAAAAUACAUCAAGACAAAAAAAUGCCUCCAAAAAGCUUGCGAUGAAUAAAGAAAGAAAAACGAGGAUGUAUCAAAUAACUUGUAAUCAUAUUCCAUGAAAUAUCGAUAAGGAUUAGCGCGACGAUGUAUUGUAAAUCGAUAGAAGUUAUUAUUAUAUCGUAAUUAUUAUGUAAUAAAUAUUGUUGUUAACAUAAAACAAAGUAAAAAUGUCA